CACCUUCCCAGGAUGCAGCAAGAGGGGGAGCCCCUGUGCUCCUCCAUGGGCGCACCCAGUAUGCACAGGGAGGCAGGAGCCCUCCAUGUGGACCCCAAGACCCCAGAGGAGACACAGGCUUGGAGCCUGGGCAGGUCCGCCAAAUCCUCGAAGCAGCACCUGCGCCAGGUCGUUGCAGAAUACGAGGCACUGGACCGAGAGCUCCCAUGCAUCAGGAAGUUCCCCACGCCGCCCACUGCCCAGCCCCUGUGCCUGUGCGUAGAGACCUCGCCCGAGGAGGACCUAACCCACCUGGAGGUGCUGGAGGCGCUGGAAGCCGAGUUGCCUGGGGCCAUGGAGAGUGGCCGCGUGAGCAGCAUCCGCUUUGAGAACCUGAACGUCAUCUGUGGGACUGCGGGGCGCAGGGACCGGUGGCUCAUCACGGUCACAGACUUCCAAACUCGCUCGCGCCUGCUGCGCUCCGGUAUCCGCCUUCGCGGACUCGCGCACCUGCUCGUGCGCCACGACGAACUGCUUCUCGGAGAUUACCGCCUGCACCUGCGCCGCUCCCUCGUCCGACGGCGCAUGCUUGAAGCUCUGGGGGCGGAGCCAACCGAGGAAGACUGACGCGUAGGGGCGAGCCCCGGCUGCACUUGCGCACCGUCCAAACUAGCUCCGGCUACCCACCAGGAAACCCGAAGGGGGCGUUGCCUCCCCAGGAAGGAGGCGGGGCCGGCUCGAGGGGGUGGAUACUGUGAGUUUAAUUAUAAAGAAUGACCUGGUACAAAAGCCAUUUCUCUCUGCAAAAUCUUGGUGGGGAGUCAGGAGAGGUGAUGGGAGGUAGGGACGAGCCCCCAUAAUAUAAUCCCGCCUCCCUAAUCUUCCCCCAGUCCUGGCAAAUGGACGCCUGGGUCCCAAUCCCUUAAAGGUGAACUGAGGCCCACGAGAAGGAAGACCCGGGCGCCGGGGCUUUCAACGCGCGCCCGCCAGUGUCUCAGAGAGAACCAGACGUCCUCAUCCGCCCCCUGCUUUCUCCUCCCACCCCCCUUGGAAGACAAUUCUCCGGGCUUUUAUUUCAGGUUUUUUUCUGGAUUUUUUUUGUGUUCUAAGGUUUUUUUUUUUUCUUUUUUGUGUUUUCUUUUGUUAUUGUUCCUCUUUUUGCUUUGUCUCUCCUCUCCGCCC